AUGGAGGCCUGGUCACUAAUAUACGAGUACUCACCGAAUGAGUCUCCAAAACCGCCUUUUUCCAAAGGCCUGAAACUUGUUCAUGGAGAUCUAAAACCCGAAAUCAUCCUUCUAGAUUCUCAACUUAGCUUCAAGAUUGGUGAUUUCGGGAUUUUCAGGCUAGUAUCUGAGGAGUUGCCGUACAUCCAAAGUCUCCCAACGAGCACCGAGCCAAAGGGUGCUUUCUCAUAUACAGAUCCAGAGUUCCAAAGAACUAGAGUCCUGACUUCUCAAUCUGAUGUUUACUCAUUUGGGCUAAUCAUUUUGCAACUACUCACUCGAAAGCCAACGGUCGGGCUCAGCCCGAGCGAAGUGCGAAAUCUGUUAUCAUCUGGACAAUUAGAAUUGGUAUUGGAUUCAUCUACUGGAGAAUGGCCUGAAACUGUUGCAAGGAGAUUGGUAGACUUUGGUCUGCAAUGCUGUGAAAUGAAGAGUCAGGACAGGCCAAAAACAGUUAUAUGUCUUAGAAGAGACACCAGUGCUACCUUAUUUCUUAUGCCCCAUCCUGCAGGAGAUUAUGCAAGAUCCAUAGAUAGCAGCAGAUGGAUUCACAUACGAAGGUGA